AUGUUUGACAAAGUUAACGAAUUUUUGAUUGUUAAAGAUAUACCAAUAACGAAUAUAGUUGUCUAUGCAACUGAUGGAGCACCUUCCCUUAAUACAGUUAUUUCUUCUAUUAAUCUCAUCGAAGUGGGAAUCACUUCCCAGGACCGCCUGAAGCAGGUUGAAAAAUGCCAUAAAUACGAUAUAUUGGCAGGAGAGUUGUCCAUUCUUUACCACGCUCAAGUGAAAAUAAUUCCACUGGUUUUGACUUGGGACGGGCUUGUUUCCAAGUUUUAUAAGAACUACGUUGAAAAGUUGGCUAUCGAAGACGCAACUCAGUCUUAUAUACAGUCAGUUGUGUUAAAGAAAACACUGAUUGUUGAGCACAUGCAUGGGAUCAGAAUCACUGAUGAGAUAAAUUCAGCAAGUAGCCUCUUAAUUGAAGCAAGUCAUUCGUACGAAGAUAAUAUGGAGAAUGAGGGACUUCCUCCUCUAAAAGGAGGAGAUUAA